AUGACCUGCUCAGACUCCAACUCGCUCCGCGCCGAUCCGCCGAUCCGCGGCCGAUCCGCCGAUCCGAUGGCCACGGAGGACGCGAGGAGAUCUCCAGAGGAGAUCCUAUGCCUCGCCUUCAACCAGGAUGGCUCGUGCCUGGCAGUGGGCCGGCCUCGAGGUUUCGACAUCUUCAGUACAGAGUCCACUGCCCUCCUUCAUCGAGAGGACUGUGGCGUGGUUCGACUCCUUGAGAUGCUCUUUCGCACCUCGCUGGUGGCCCUGGUGGGCGAUGCCCCCGCGCGGCAGCUCACGAUGUGGAACACCAAGGCUCGUGCAGGAAUUUGCUCGCUGCAGUUUCCCAGCGAGAUCUGCAACGUCAAGAUGAACCAUCGAAGAGCAGUUGUUCUACUCAGGCAGAAAGCACAUAUCUUCGACCUCAAGACGAUGAAGGGCUUGCAUGUCAUCGACCGCUCGGAUCAGGCCCCAGGAUUGGACCCGGCCUUGUGCAGCCUUUGCUGCGACUCGGAGCGGGGCUUGCUGGCAGCGCCUCUGGUUGCGGGGAGCCAGGGCGCCGCGCCCGAUGCACGGGCUGGGCUGGUGGGUGUGGUGGACACCUACACGCUGCAGCCCUUGGGGGCGGUGCUUGCGCACCGCACACCAGUGCGCGCCAUGCGCCUCAACCCCACGGGCCAGCUGCUGGCCACCGCCUCGGCGCGGGGCACCGUGGUGCGCUUGUGGGCGGUGCCCUCCUUCACCAUGCUGUGCAGCUUCCGGCGCGGCGCCAACGAGUGCUGCAUCCACGGACUAGCCUUCGCCACGGACUCCUUGCACCUCAUGGCCGCCGCGGCCAAUGGCACGGUGCACGUCUUCCGGAGCCCCCCUGAGGCUGUGAGUUGCGUCGCCCCAUCCAAAGCUGCAAGUGAGCGGCAAGAAGAAGUGAAAGAAAAGGAGCGACAAGAAGAAGUCAGAGCUCAGACUCCAUCCGCCCCGAAAGAGGCCGCGGAGGAGGACGAGGACUUGAGCGACUGGAACUUUGUGGAAGUUGACCGGUCCAGCCCGCGGAUGGAGCGCAAGGGCCUGCAGGGCCAUGUGAACAAGGUGAAGACGUUGCUGACUCAGCUCUGGCAGCCCUGCAGAGACUACCUGGAUGGCCCCGGCGCGGUGGCCUGGGUCCACCAGGGCCCAGAGGAAAGCAACUUAGUGGGCUCCGGCUCGCCGCGCUCGCCGGCGCUGGGCCCGUUGCUGCCAUUGCCCGCCGCCAUGCUGGAGCUCUUCACGCCGGCAUAUUUGGGGUGCCUGCUGCCUGGCAAGGAGGGUGGCCGCCUGGUGGUGGCGAGUCGCAGGAACUUGCUGAGCACCUUUGAGUGGCGCAGGGGCGAAGGCCUCCUGGCAAGCCGCCAGACCCUUACUGCCUCGAGCCCACCAAAGGUGGACUCCAGGAGACUUUGGAGAUGGGCCCUGCAGCUUUGCCCACUCCGCCCAUCAAGCCCAGGAACUCACCCAUGGUCAUUGCCGAUGACCCGGACGUGA